CUGGUGAAAGGAUGGGUUCUCAAACUGUAUGAGAGAAACAUGAGCACAAAAAUGUAUAAAUUUGUAACUGUACCCUACCCCCACGGUGAUUCACUAAUUAAAAAUAAAUUAUAAAAGAAAUCUAAUCCUGGCAUUCAGAGGGAAAGGAGAGAGAGGAGGCAGCGUUUAAUCAUAACUGAGUUUUAAGCUAGAGGGACCAGAGAAGAUGGUUUGGGCGCUUGCCUUACGCGGGGAUUGAUUCCCGGCACCCGCAUGCCCCCGAACACCGCCACGGGCCACUUCUGAGCACUACCUCCAAAAUAUAUACAAUGUUAAGAGGUCCAGCAUGGUCCAACCUUUUCAUAAGAUAUAUAAACUGGAUGUUCCCAAACUUUUUUUGUUUCAGCUCUUCCUCGUGCUUAUAAGUAUACUAUUAAUAGUAUACUAUUAAUUUAGGUUAAAACUAAAGCAUUUGUGCAAUUCCUUAAUUCCAGUUAGCAUGAAACCAGUGAGGAUUUUACUAUCUAUAUCUUUAUGGGAUCUAAUCGUGCUUUCUAAAGUCUUUCAGUGAAUCCUUAAGGCAAUAUAUCAGAAAAUGUCAAGAGAUACUUCACUUCUGAUAGAACUCCGGUCUGAAGAUAUACAUAUAUUAUAUUUCUUUUUUAAACCCUUCAUGCCAACGGGCGGUUUACCAUGGCAAUUUAGGCUUAACCCCGCGGCAAAACGUCGGGAAACUCGGUGCUUUCCAGCGGGAAGUAUCUACCGGGCACUGUUCUGGCGCAGUCUCGGCGCUCCAGGGCGGAGACGUCCUCUUCAGUGAUCCCUACGCCAGGCAGGCGCCAAGAGACCCGGAAGUUCCCGGACCGUGGAUCGCGCAAGCGCAGGCGAACUUCUCCCAUUGGUCAGUCCGGCCCGGAAGUUACGCGUUUCGCUCUGACACGUGCCGUUUCCCCGGUGGGGUUCGGGACUGGCGCCGAGUGAGUCCGUCGGAGGGGCGGCCGGGCUCGGGCUGCGCCUGCGCGACUGUUACUUCGCGCCCGGGAUCCGCUCAGCGCGUCCGUGCCGCUGUGUUCGGGUGUGGGAACUCUCGCUAGGGCGGUCCAGUGCUCUCGGCACUCGGAGUUGGCGGGAAGGGACGGCGAAAAACAAGUCUCUGGAGAGCCGCCCCACUCUGUUUGGGGGAAGCUUUGAACUUUCGUAAAAUAACCAUUAAAAAUAUUUAAUAGUAUGGUAGAUAUAUAUUUUUAGCAUGUUUUGAAAAUCUUGCUGAUAACGCUCUAAGACCUUUUAAGAAGUCGUUCUCGUGCUUGUGUCACAAGGAGGGAAAGGAAACAUUGGCGUGGUGGAGCCGUGCUCCGAGUCAGUGUGUAUUGCCAAGGACCGUGCGGAAAUUAAAAGCUGUGGCAGCCAGCUUACGUUGGAGGCGGCUGUUUUUGUCUUGGUUCUGCUGGAGACUGCCCAGGCGCCGACGCCGCCUGACCGAGCGGAGCGCCAGGGCGAUGGAGGAGCCGGGGGACGCCCGGGCAGCGCCCCCUCCCCGCGCCUCGGCCAGCCGGGGCCAGCCAGCGGCCGGGACGCCCAACUACGCGCUCAGACUUACUCUCGCGGGACACACGAAAGCCGUCUCCUCGGUGAAGUUUAGCCCUAACGGGGAAUGGCUGGCAAGUUCUUCUGCAGAUAAACUAAUUAUCAUUUGGGGAGCCUAUGAUGGAAAACACGAGAAAACACUUUACGGCCACCACCUGGAAAUAUCAGAUGUUGCCUGGUCGUCGGAUUCUAGUCGGCUUGUUUCUGCCUCCGAUGAUACCACUCUAAAGAUCUGGGACGUGAAAUCUGGAAAGUGUUUGAAAACACUGAAGGGGCACCGUAAUUAUGUUUUUUGUUGUAACUUCAAUCCACCGUCCAACCUCAUCAUUUCAGGAUCUUUUGAUGAGAGUGUGAAAAUAUGGGAGGUGAAAACAGGGAAGUGCCUCAAGACGUUGUCUGUUCAUUCUGACCCAGUUUCGGCUGUUCAUUUUAAUUGUAGUGGGUCCCUGAUAGUGUCAGGAAGUUAUGAUGGUGUCUGUAGAAUCUGGGAUGCUGCAUCAGGUCAGUGUUUGAAAACACUUGCUGAUGAUGAUAACCCUCCUAUCUCCUUUGUAAAAUUUUCUCCAAAUGGUAAAUAUAUCCUCAUUGCUACUCUGGAUAAUAAUCUUAAACUAUGGGAUUAUAGCAGAGGCAGAUGCCUGAAGACAUACAGCGGUCAUAAGAAUGAGAAAUACUGCAUAUUUGCCAGUUUUUCAGUUACCGGUGGAAAGUGGAUUGUGUCUGGCUCAGAAGAUAAUCUGGUUUACAUUUGGAACCUUCAGACUAAAGAGAUUGUACAGAAAUUGCAAGGUCAUACAGAUGUUGUAAUCUCGGUAGCUUGUCAUCCCACAGAAAAUAUCAUUGCAUCAGCAGCAUUAGAAAGUGACAAAACUGUUAAACUCUGGAUGAGUAGCUAUUAAACUCUUAUUCCAAAAUCAAGUGGUAAAGAGCCAGGUUGGCACCAAAAGGAAUGAAGUAUUUCAAAUGAUGGUUUCAUGUAAUUUGGGAACUUUUUUAAAUUUUGUAACUUCCUUGGAUUAUAAAAUUUUAAGAUAUAUAACCUAUAUUUAAGACUUGUCAGUUGGAAAAGCAAGUCUAGGGUUUCAACCUUAACUCUGUUCUUGUGUUUGAGCUAUACCCAGUAGUGCUCAGUGGACCAGAGGGUGCCAGGGAUCUUGCAGGUCUGCAACGUGCAAGGCAAGGGCCUUACCACUAUUCUUUUCUCCCACCCCAAAAGCUUUCUGACUUAUCUUUUCUUGGGAAGUAGUGGGGAGAUGUGUGUGUGUGUGUGUGUUGGGAGGGGGGGCACAGGAGGAUUUAAGGCCACAAGGCAGUGCUUAGGGCUUACUUCUGGUUCUGGGCUCAGGAAUCACUUUUGGUUGUUUCUGGGGGCUGUAUAUGGUGCUUGGGAUCAAACCCAGGUUCUGCCCACUGUAUUAAGGCUCCAGCCCCUUAAUCUUGAGGUCUGUUUGAUCUCAUGUCUUUCCCUGAACAGAUUCCCAUUCUGUUCUUCUAAUGACUGCUGGAGGAUUGACUUAUUAGGGAAAUAUUUUUUAAGGUCUCCAAGACAAUGAGAAUGAGGAUAGUGAUGAAGUCUGGAACACCUCUAAGGUUUAAGGUGUUUGUUGUUUUUUGGUUUGAGCAAUCAGAUGAGUAAGAGCAGAUGCCUGGGGUUGUGGGAGAGUUGGAUGCCAGGUGAUAGCUUACAUCUGGAACAUGAAAUUGUUCAUAAAAUCAAUUAUAAAUGGGGAAUAACAAGUCACUUAAGAUUCAUUCAGAAUAAGCAUCUAAAUUUUAAACCAAAACCAAAGCAUUAUAAGUGGCACAUUUACUGAAUGAUCUUUCAGUUUCUUUUAAGGCUGGGAUCUCGUUAUUUUCAGGUAAAUUUAAUGUCUAAAUGGUGAGGCUGCUGUCUUAUGUGUCUGUUUGACUAAUUGACCCAGGCCUCAGACACAGCUCAGAAAUCACCAUGAGGGAACUACAAAAAGAAACUACAUUGUGUCAGGCCAUGUGUGCCCACCUGACAUGGCAAGAGUUGGAUUAAGGUUUGUUGCAUGGGCUCAGAGCCCAUGCAAUACCCAAGGCUGAAGAUGGGCCUCCAACGUGCAAAGUAUAUACUCCACUCUUUGAGUUAUUUCCUCAGUCUCUCCUGAAGUAGUUUUCUUCUUUCUAGAGUGUCAAUUAGGACUUCAAAGUAUAUUCUUUACUAGUUUGUAAUAAUUUUAUGGUCAUUUUUUAAAAUUAAAUUAUAAAUUUUGUGGAAAAAUAUGUUGUAUCCGUCUUUGUAUUCUUGAUUUUUGUCUAUAGAAAGAACUCAAUGUUUGUUGAAUGACAAUGAAUGAUAACAUUGCCACUUCAUACCUUACCUACUUUCAGUAAGCUUUGGUAACCAAUUUCCCAAAAGUAUUGGACCACAGUCUCACACAUUAACAUUAUUUAAACUGAGAUUACAAAGUGGAAACAAGUUUUUUCCCACUUUUACCUAUGAGACAUCAUACACAUGGAAGAAAAUCUAGAAAUUAAGUCCCAAAGGUACAAUAGUCUGCCUUAGCUGAAAGCAAAAGCAAAAUUUCUUGCUUCCUUUUUUUACUGUUGUACCUUAUGACAGUGCUAAUUAAAUUUUUUAUUUGCUUGACAAGUUCUAAGGAACAUAUUAGAGUUAUUUCUGGUGUACUAUGGCUGAGAAGUUGGAAUGUAAGAAUACUGAAAAAUGUGAUCAGAUAAGAGUAAGUGUAAUUCUAACAAAUGUAAACAAAUGUAUAUACCCCCGUUAAAAAAGUAGUUAUGUUACUAAAUAGGAUGGCACAAAAUAAACAUAGAUUCUUGGUACAUGGUAACUUUUGUUAGCUUUGGUUUAAUAAAACAUUUUUAUUGUAAUCUCCAAAAUACAAAACUUAAAUGUUUCUUCAGUAGCUGAAAAUGUGAUUUUUCUAGGAAGAAAUAUUGCUGAUCUUUAAAAGAAGUACACAAAAGUUUACUCAUUAUUAAAAACAGUGGUAGAGUUAAGUAAGUGUUCCAAAAUAUGACAAUGAAACAUUAAAAAAAUUCUUUUGCUGAUAAAUUUGAAAGUGAUAUAAUAAUCUGAUAUAUCAAAAGAAGUGAAGACCAAACUACUAAAAACUGAAAUAUACAGAUAAGCUAGUAAAGGCUAAGGUGGAAAGAUGCAUUAUAUUUUGCCAUCUUACUAAAUCAUAUUCCCAAACAGCUAUAUAUGUCACUUUUUAAUGCUACAAUCCUUUGAGAACUAGUAGGUUGGGAUUCCUAAGAGGAUUUGUUCAUUCACUACUAAACAAUGUGAGAGUAAAUAAACAUUUACAACAAAAAUUAAGAUGUUUAAAUGAAAUUUAAAAUAAAAACGAACAGCCGGACUAAAUAUGAGUCAAUUUGGCAUCCUAAAGUGUAAACACAAUACUUACUAGGUGAGAACACUCAUCUUUCAACAUUAAGAAGAUUUUUAUAAUUGAGAAAUUUAGUAGAAAGGCAGCAGGAAAAGCACCGGACAGAAAUUCCAAAACAUGGGACAGAAAUGGUUGUGCAAGCCCACACUGCUGAGACCUCAAUAUCCUGAAAAACAGAGGGUCCACCACUUUUUCAUUACCCAGUAGGAACUUUUUCAAUGGCAGCCCAGGAGGGCAAGUGGGGAUUGAGAGGGGGGUGGGGUGCUGCUUUCCAGAACUCCCAGAGCUCCAGGCCCUUGAGAAACUGACUUCACUGAUGUAGCCGGGCAGUAUAAUCAGCUGGCUUUCCUUCUCUUAGAAAUGAGUACACAGAAGGGGAAAAUAAAAAGCUAAAUGCUAUUUGGCUUUUGGGAAGAAAUCACUUUAAUAUUAAAGUUGAACUAUCUCUUUUUCAUUCUGAUAGCCCAGAGGGUAGGGUGUUCGCCUUGCACGCAGCUGACCUGGGUUUGAUUCCUCUGCCCCUUUCGGAGAACCUGGCAAGCUGCAAAGAGGAUCUCGCCCGCACGGCAGAGCGUAGCAAGCUACCUGUGGCGUAUUCGAUAUGCCAAAAACAGU